CACAUGUGCAGCAGCUGGAGCAGAGCAGCCACUAGCGCGCCGCUGCCUCAGUGUGACGAUGCCGCGGAUCGGUGAGGCUGCAGCGGCUGGAUGGAGGCGGACAGUCCGCUCAGCUGACGGUGGUCCCGGGCGGCCCGCUGGUUGAUAUGGGAUAUCUGCACCGAGCGAUCUGCCACGUGUGUCUGCACCGGCGGAAAAAAAGAGGAGAGAACUAGAAAAAGCAGCUCGGUCCUUCUUUCUGUAUGGCUUCCGGCUGCGGGGACGAAGAGGGGACCGCGGAGGCCGUCUCAUGGAGACUCAUCGGCCCGGCCUCGGAGCUCUCCAAGAAGCGCUGCCGUCUCAUGUACUCCCCCCUCGGCCACGACUCUGACGUGGCCCUGUUCUGUGUGAAGGGGGAGUUCUUCGCCAUGGAUGCUCGCUGCUCACACUCCGGUGGUCCUCUGUGUGAGGGGGACAUUGAGGAGGCUGACGGGGUCCUGCAGGUUUUCUGUCCGUGGCAUGACUACGACUUUGACCUCAGGACUGGCAAGUCAGGGACCUCAUUACAGCAACAAGUGUAUGAAGUCAAGCUGGAGGACGGCAACGUGUACGUGAAACACGCCAGUCGUCUCUCCCUGUUGCCUUUCCCCGCAGAUCCCAAAAGCUAAACAACCUCAGCCGCAGCUGCUUCAUCCUUCAGACCAUCGAACCGCUUCUGCUUUGAUUGCCGUGAACUCAGGACGCUAUCGGCGAGACUGUCUGAAGAGGACAUGACUUCAUUCAAUAGUCUCAAGAGUUUUUGUGACUGGAUUUUCCGGGUAGAGUCUCAUCACAGACACUGAGCGUGGAGGGCAGUGACCUCACUGCUCACCUUGAAAACACACAGUCACCAAAAUGAAACAUAAAAACACAACAUUUGACUUUUCUCAGCAGAUGUUAUUGAACCACCAUAUACUAUAAAUGGCUGAAUAAAAAAAGGAUUUGUCUCACUUAAUUAUUUCCUACAUUUUUUUAAGGCUUUUUGACAAAUAUAUUAUUUCACCGAUGCAAAUAUUACAGUAUGAAUAUAUUUAUAUGUUAUAUGUCACAUUUGUAUGAGCAAUCACGUUUAGUUGAAACCCACUUGUCCAAAGUCUUUGCAAAAUCAUACUUGCAAAGUGAAACAUUUCCAUGCAGCCAGAAAUGAAGUAUUUUCUUUUAUCUGUGUUAUUAGAUGCAAUGGGAGUCAGUACAAUACACAGUAUGCAAAAUACAGUCUGUUGAUAUGUAAAUGCAAUUAAAAAUAAAAAUAUGAACGAAAUACAUAGUAGAGCAAUAAAAUCUGUUGAAUGCUGUCUUGAUGUCUUAAAACGAUGUGCAGAUGCAAAUUAUCACUGUGUUAUGUGUUACAAUUAGAUUAAAUUAGAACCAGUACAUAUUGGAAUAAGCAAAACAUAAUUUGCAGUGGAGGAAAUUUUAUGUAACCGUGAAAUAAUAUAACGACAUUUUCUUUCAACUUCUACCAAACUCAACCGUCACUCGUUCAGACGCGGUUUGGUCGCGUCAAACCUCCCAGACACAGUCCCACUGGCUGAGCUGUGGCCUUUGGAUACAUUUAGAAAUUUAUUCCACUCAUGCCUUGCAACAGCAACUCUUUCAGAAUUCGAGUUGUUUAACCUAAAUAGAGUUCCAGCAAGUCAGACACACAUGAAGGGCACAGCAAUUAUGCCUGGUAGCAGCUCCGGUGUUAAGAUGUCUCCAUCAGCCAUUUCUCCCCACUUCUGGCCCGUUCACAGACAGGUUUGUCUGUUACUGACGCAAUGGGAUUUAGAAGAAAUGGUUAGCGAGGCGCCGGAGGAAGGUUCAUGACCUGAAAUGCACCAUUGCCUCAAGAGAAAUGUGUUUUUCUAGCGUGAUGUGUGUCUGUGUGUGCACUGAUGCGAGUGUGUUUUCUUUAUUCCUCCGCGGUGAGAACAGUCACUCACUACUUAUUUUGUCAGAAACACUGAGCCCAGUCGAGGAGGUGUCAGUGUGGCUCGACACUCGUUUUCCUCCCUGUCAUGUUCCCUGCUGUGCAUUUUUAUUACAAUAAUAACUCAGCUGCCUAAAAAUGUGCUGCAGAGGUCUCAGUGUGCAUAAUAACUCAUCACCUGGAGUGUGAAGGGAAUACACGCUGGAGAUGCAACUAUUUUCAUUAUCAGUGGGAAGGACAAAGUCAAUAUUGUGCAGGAUACUGCAAAAGCCAGGAGAAUUAUAUAUAUACAUUUUGACAUAACAAUCCAUAAUUGUCACUGAGGAAACCAGCAUUCAUGUCACACUUUUACUAAAUGUUUCCAUAAUUAUUUUCACAUGUCCAGAUAAUUUUGAUAUGUUUCUUCCUUGUUACUUGUGUGAACUAUGUAUCUGGCCUCUAUGUUAAAACAUAUCUGCAGACUACACACACUAACAACUGUGGCACAUUUUAUCAGUUGGCAUUGUUUCAUUUGUUGAAGACUGUGUUCAUUGUGGUUUAUGAAAAUUCAGUUUUUAUGUAUUAUUUAAAAUCACAAAUUAAAUUAUUCUGUUAUCAA